AUGUCGCUCUCCCAGCCUGCAGUGGCUUACCAGCCCAAUAGAUCGGGAUCCAGAAAGGUCAGCGAGGAUGUGGCAGUCCAUGGCACCGUCGACGCAGGACACACCAAAGAAUACGGCGAUGAUGUUGAGGGUGGAGUGAUUGAGGACCAGUUGCGCCGAGCACUCUCAGCACGUCAAGUGCAGAUGAUCGCCAUCGGCGGUACCAUUGGAACAGGUCUGUUCCUGGGAUCUGGCGGUGCACUCGCAACUGGCGGUCCGGCCUCAUUGCUUCUUUGCUAUACCAUCAUUGGUGUCAUCGUCUAUUUCACCAUGCUGGCUCUGGGUGAAAUGGCGACUUUUAUACCUGUUGCGGGUAGUUUCUGCACAUUUUCCAAUCGAUUCAUUGACCAGGCUUACGGGUUUGCACUUUCGUGGAACUACUGGUUUGGAGACGCGGUCACCGUGGGCUCGGACCUGGUUGCCUUGCAGCUUCUGUUGAAGUACUGGACCGACAAUUUUCCAGGCUGGGGCCUCAGUCUGAUCUUUUGGGUGCUUUUGAUCGCCAUGAAUCUGAUGAGUGUCAAAGUAUACGGAGAGCCCGAAUACUGGCUCAGUAUUCUCAAAAUUGUCACUAUGCUGGUCUUCAUCAUUCUUGGUAUCGUGGUCAAUUGCGGCGCAAACACCUCUGGCCACUAUAUCGGCGGCGAGAACUGGCACAUCCCCGGAGCGCCAUUCGUGGAUGGGAUUGGAGGCUUUGCUUCUGUCUUUGUGACGGCUUCUUGUGCUCAUGGCGGGACUGAGUCAAUCGCCAUUACCGCCGGUGAGACCAGGAAUCCCACUCGAAACAUCCCCCGUGUUGUGAAAAACGUGUUCUGGCGAAUUUUGCUCUUCUACUUCUUGAGCGUCAUAAUCAUCGGUCUCAACGUCCCAUACAACUACCCCGGGCUCGAAGGCCGAUCCUCACGAACCUCCCCGUUCACCAUCGUCUUCCAAAUGACAGGAGCCAAGGCAGCCGGCAGCGUGAUCAACGCCGUCAUCGUCACCAGUGUCCUGUCUGCAGGAAAUCAUGCCCUCUUUGCCGGAGCCAGACUCUUAUACUCGAUGGGCGUGAAUGAACAUGCCCCCAAGAUCCUGGGCCGACUCAACAAGCAACAAGUUCCCUGGGUCGCAGUCCUCGCCACGGCCUUUAUUGCUGGAUUAUGCUUUGCAUCAAGCUUUGUUGGUGCAGGACAACUUUGGACCUGGCUUCAAAACCUAGUCGGCGUCUCCAACAUGAUAACCUGGAUGUCCAUCGGAAUCGCCUCGCUCCAGUUCCGCGCCGCCCUCACGGCACAAGGCAAAACCCACCUCCUGCCCUUCAAAAACUGGUCCUACCCCUACGGACCCUGGUUCGUCGUCAUCGCCAACAUCUUCCUGAUCCUCGUCCAGGGCUGGAGCUGCUUCAGCCCCGUGUUUGAUCCAACGCUCUUUGUGAGCUACUACGUGGAGUUGCCGCUGAUGGUCCCCAUGUACUUGGGCUGGAAGUACGUGAAGAAGAGCAAAUUCCAAAGGUUGGAGACGAUCGAUCUGGUCACGGAUAUAUAUACGGCUGAGCAUGCGGGCGACGAUAGGAGGAGUUGGAGGGAGAGGAUGAAGAGGGGAUGGGCUCUG